CUUAAUUUUAACUAUCCAAUUAAUCAUGAUUGGGAUCUAAAGUCAUUUAAUUCAUACAUUCUCGAAAAUUCCAAAAAAUUUAUUUAAUAGUACUGACAAAAAGACCAAAUUAAUUGCUAUGACAACGAACUAAAAAGACACAUCAUAGAUGUUACGAUUUUUGAUAAUCCCUGUUAAAGAUUUUAUCAAUAAGAUGUAUUUUGGUGACUUCUUUAAUUCCCUCUAUUUGUUUAUACGUCCUUUAAUUAAAUGGUUUCUUCAUCGUUUUACAAAUCUGUCUGAAUUACAACGUUUAGUUUAUGGAUGUCAGGAUGGUUACCGUAGAUAUAAAUUAGUUGAACGAUCUUUAAACAUGUCCAAAAGACCUCAAAUUAGGCACUUAGUUUAUUGUUUGGAAGAACGUACUUCACAGCCUAUUGCGGAAAUGCAUAUCCACCCUGAAAUAGUCAAUAGAGCUGUUCAUACAGUCGUUCUAGCAAAGAAGAUAAAUCCAAAAUAUCAUCCAGAAUUUUCGGACCAACUAGCUCGUUGUAUAGAAGCAAUUUAUGGAUACAAAAGACUUGUCACAAUUAUUGAUCAAAUGAGAUUAGAGCCGUAUGAUUCUGAGAAUCAUGCUCAUGAGCAUAAAUUGAAAGCAUUAUGGAAUAAUUUGAUGCCUGAUGUGAAACUAGAAGCAAGAAUCACUAAGCAAUGGCAAGAAAUUGGCUUUCAAGGAGAUGAUCCAUCGACAGAUUUUCGUGGAAUGGGCAUAUUAGGACUAGAAAAUCUGCUAUACUUUUCAAGAGAGUAUCCUGGAACUGCACGACACUUACUUUCACAUUCUCAACAUCCAACUUAUGGAUAUACAUUAGCUGUUGUAGGCAUUAAUAUAACUCACAUGGCAUGGCGUUUGCUGAAAUCAGGAAUAGCAAAGUCACAUUUUUAUAAUCUAUCAAAAAUUCACGGAUAUCCAACAGUCGAGCAUUUCCAUCAAUUUUAUUGCUACUUACUUUAUGAGUUUGAUCAUUUUUGGAUGAACGCUAAGCCUAACAACUUAAUGGAAUUCAACAAUGUUCAAGUAAAGUUUGAGAAAGCAAUCGUUAAAGUCAGUGAACGAGAAAGUUGUCACUUUAAGAUGAACUUGAGUGUCGAGAGUAUUUAACUUAUUUAAUUCUGCUGUAUUCAACCUAGCUUAUGCUGAAAAAUGCUUUAAAAGUUUUCAAUAAAAG